GAUCCCGAAGCUUAUGUUGCAUGGGAGUCAUCUUGUGACAAGAUAUUCCAACUUAAUGAUCUCACCGAAGAAAAGAAGAGUACUUUGAGGGGUAUGUUAAUAUGUAGUGGGAGUAUGUUAAGCGGUUUGGAUAUGAGUUGAUCUCCUUGGUUUAGAUUGAAGAACCUUAUGAGGCAAAGGUACUUGCCCGAAAUUAUAGGCAUGAGCUCUUUGCCAAGUUGUACAACUUGAGGCAAGGCAACAAAAGUGUCAUGGCUUACUACGAUGAGUUCCAACAAUUGAUGUUGAAGCUUGAUCACCGAGGAGAGCAAGUGAGUCAUGACAUUGUACGCUUCAAGGUCGGCUUGAAC